CUCAGCCGCUGCGGGCAAGGAGGGCAGGAAGCCAGUGUCUGGAGAAUUCCGGAACAUGGAGCUGAUCCAGGACAGCCUCCGCCAGCCACUGGAGUAUGUGAAGGGGGUCCCGCUCAUCAAAAGCUUUGCGGAGGCACUGGGGUCCCUGGAGAGCUUCCGGGCCCGGCCCGAUGACCUGCUCAUCAGCACCUACCCCAAGUCCGGCACCACCUGGGUGAGCCAGAUACUGGACAUGAUCUACCAGAAUGGUGACCUGGACAAGUGUCAACGGGCUCCUAUCUUCAUGCGGGUGCCCUUUCUUGAGUUCAAAGCCCCAGGGGUUCCCUCAGGGCUGGAGACUCUGAACGACGCACCGGCCCCACGGCUCAUCAAGACACACCUGCCCCUGGCCCUGCUCCCCCAGACUCUGUGGGAUCAGAAGAUCAAGGUGGUCUACGUUGCCCGCAACGCAAAGGACGUGGCCGUCUCCUACUACCACUUCUACCAGAUGGCCAAGGUGCACCCUGACCCUGGGACCUGGGACAGCUUCCUGGAGAAGUUCAUGGCCGGAGAAGUGUCCUAUGGGUCCUGGUACCAGCACGUGCAGGAGUGGUGGGAGCUGAGCCGCACACACCCUGUUCUCUACCUCUUCUAUGAAGACAUGAAGGAGAACCCCAAAAGGGAGAUUCGGAAGAUCCUGGAGUUUGUGGGGCGCUCCCUGCCGGAGGAGACCGUGGACCUCAUUGUUCAGCACACAUUGUUUGAUGAGAUGAAGAAGAACCCCAUGACCAACUACACUGUCAUGCCCCAGGAGUUCAUGGACCACAGCAUGUCCGCCUUCAUGAGGAGAGGCAUAGCUGGGGACUGGAAAACCACCUUCACUGUGGCGCAGAAUGAGCGCUUCGACGCAGACUAUGCAGAGAAGAUGGCAGGCUGCAGCCUCAGCUUCCGCUCCCAGCUGUGACAGGGGCUCCCGGGGUCACUGCAGAGGGAAUGUGUGAGUCAAGCCUGACCAAGGGGCUCAAGAAUAAAAUAUGAAUUGUGGGCUAGGGACAGUAGGUCAUGUCUGUAAUCCCAGCAAUUUGGGAGGCUGAGGUAGGAGGAUCACUUGAGCCCAUGAGUUCAAGACCAACCUGGGCAACAUAGUGAGAUUCUGUUGCAAAAAGUAAUAAAAUAAAAUCAA